AUGUGGGUAGAUGGUAUGCACUAUUUUUCACAGAAAACUGGUGAACUUCGAAAAGUGGCCGAGAUGAAGAUCAAUGAUAAGUGUGAGCAUAAGAGAGCAAGGAACGACAAAACCCUGACGAUUAUAAAGGUUGAUGCUUCCCUAAUUGUUCGCAUAGGUAUGGAAGAUCUGGAUUUCCAGGACCUGAAAAUCUGCCUUUGUGACGUGGCCCAGCCAGCCUCAGCCUUAGCUCCUGUAGCGGUGCGUGAGGCCCCAAACCAGCGGCCCCGCGGAGGGGGAAGCUGGGCCAUGGCCGAGGUGGCCGAACCCAGUGGCGAAUCCCAAGGCGCUGAAGUUAAAACCCAGCAGCCCACGGAAAGAUUCCUCGGGCGACCGCCGAGGCGGAACCUGCGCUCCGUGCUCAGAGUGUCCCAGGUAUUGCUCAGAGCCAUCACCGAGCACGGAAGGUUGACUCUGUCCGCUCUCAAGAAGGAGCUGGGAAAUGCUGGCUACCAAGUGCGCAGGAAGUGCUGCCGCCACUCGAGCGAAGCGCCCAAAUCUGAUAUUAAGGGCACACUCAUUCGGGUCAGCGGCAACGACGCCGGCUAUUUCAGAGUUUGUAAGAUUCCGAAGCCGAAGAGAAAGUUUGGACGCCCAAGGUUGGAGGUGGGCGUCCGCUCCAGGAAGAGGAGCCCUGCAGGGCCGCGGGGCCCACGGAAGCCCCGAGUUCGUCGCAGGGCAACCAAGAAGGCCAGGGAAGUACGGGGACGAAGAAGGGCGAGGGCGAAUGCCACGGUGAGAAGGAUAAGGCCAAGAGCCAAGGACCCGGUGCGUUCCAGAGCCAAGGAGGAAAAGAGGGCCAAGGUGAUGGACGAGAGGAGAGGACGGACCACGAAAGAAGACAGGUCUAGGACCCGAAAGGAGAAAAAGCCAAAGGAAGAGAAGCAUGACCCUGAGAAGCCGGUAAAACGGACCAGGCAGAGGUCAGCCUCAGUAAAAACCGUCCCAAGGGCUGCUUGCACAAAGACUUGCACUAAAUCUGAAAAUCCUCAGAAUCCAGCCUCCGGGAAUCUGUAGCGAGAGCGCAAUUUCCCUUCCAACAGGCACAGAUGCCUUUCCCCAUAAGGCUCCAAUUAGAGCAGCUCUCACACUCAUUGUAAUGGACAAACUAUUCAUGAGACCUUUCCACUACCACAUGUCUCUGUUUCCUCUUUGCCGCAUCUGGAAAGAUGGUGGUGGUGGUGGUGGUGGUGGUGGCGGUGUGUUAAAGCGAGGCCUGUAGCAGGGGCAUUGUGGGGUGGUGAAAAGGGAGUUGAAAUUCUUUCUGCUGCAGGACUCAGGAAAAUGCCUUUCAGAAGGAAAGAAGAAAACAGGUAGAAAACCAGCAACUUCACCAGAUUAGACAGAAGUGUUGAAUUAAUGUCAGACACCCCAACAAAUCCAAAAUGAGUUUUGGGGUGAAGAGCACGUAAGGAAAGAACUGGGGGCAUCAAUGGGGGAAGAGAAGAGUAGAUAGCCUUCAAGUUGAGUGGUCCCGCUGACCCAAAGUGUUCUUACCUGAAAUUCCUUUUAGGAAAAAGUCCCUUCUCCAGAAUUGAGAGUAAUGUAAUAGGUUUGUAGUUUUUGCCCUGACUUGAUAAUCUUAAAAAAAAAAAAAAGUUUUAUACAUUAUCAGUUAAAUGACAGUGUGUGUGAAGCAUCUUUACUGGGCUUGGCAUAGGGUAGGUGUUCAUCCCUGAGAAUGAAAUCUGAGUAUGAAUAAUUCAUGAUGAAGUGAUAAUAUUCCAUAGCAGAAGACUACUGGAUCAGUAUUUAAUGAGACCAGGAUUCUAGUCAAAAUUCUGCUACUGUGACUGUAGCUGUUAUUGCAUUCAUUGUCUUGGUUUCCUUCCAAGAAAAAAAGUUGGGGGUUGGACUAGGAUGAUUUUAAGUGAUUUAAGUGUCAGUAACAUGAUAUGAGGGAGUUAACUAUCAUGACAAAUGCUUUGAUUGAUAAAAUGCAAUAAUGGGAUUCUCAACUGGGCAAGUAUCAACUCCUAGAAAAUAAACUAUUAAGAUUAACAGAAUGCAUAUCACAAUUAUAAGGAGAUGGGGAACAUUAGAUAAUGAAUACCUAGCUCUUUUGAUUGUCUUAAAAACAUGUAUUAAGUACUACGAGGUUGGACAAUGAAGUUCACGAACUCAGCCUAGAAAAAGUGGUA